CCGCCGUGCCUUUCGGACGCCGCGACACCGGAGCGGCGUCCCCGCCGGGUGGGCGCGACAGCCGGCGCUCGUGUGCGAGGGUCGCGAGGCCGCCCCUCGGCCCAGGGCUCCGGCGCAGGCCAGGAGGGGCGGGACUCGAACCUCUGCAGCAGGUCGAAACGCUGCUGUGACGCGGCCCAACGUCCGCCAGCGCACAGCUGUGCACAUCGACGCUCCAACGACAGGAAACUCCCCAGAGCGCGUGUGGCGCGCGUGCGUGUGCUUGUGCGUGUGCGUGUCGCUGCAGUUCUCCGGGGGAGGGGUGGCGGCUCCGCGCUCCUCGGGCCAGCACUUCGUACCCGAAGUAUCGAAGCCCGACGGCGCAGCCAGACGCUGCGAGGACGACCGACGUUCCUUCUCCGCGCCGCUUCUGCCCGCCGCUCUCGGCCCCUUCGCCGCUUGAGAGUUUCGACCGAGGAAGACCUUCGCGGGCCAUGGACGGGUCGGGACCCGCGGACCAGUAGAGUCUCCGAGCACCUUCCGCACCGCGCUCGGGCUCCGCAGCUGCAGGCCACCUUGCGACGCCCCUCCGGGACCCAGGAACGCAUGUCACACGACACGUGCGUCAGGUACACGAGCCGCGCGCAGUGAGACGUGUCGGUGCCCGACUCUCGGCACGAUGGGGUGCAACUGCAGCUCCGAUUACUACGACGACGACUGGAUCGAGAACCUGGACGAGGUGUGCGAGCACUGCAACUGUCCGCUGCCGCCGCAGAGCACCAACCAGUACACCGACACCUUGAUCCCGUACUCCUCGAGCCAAACUCCACCAAUGUCCCCGUUGCCCGACAACCUGGUGAUCGCCCUGUACAGCUACGAGCCCGACCACAACGAUGACCUGGGCUUCCAGAAGGGCGACAAGCUCAAAAUCCUCAACACCGAUGACCCCGAGUGGUACAUGGCCGAGUCGCUGGCCACCGGUCAGAGGGGCUACAUUCCCUUCAACUUUGUGGCCAAAAUGGACACGAUGGAGACGGAACCGUGGUUCUUCAAAGACCUGUCCCGCAACGACGCCAUGCGACAGCUCCUGGCGCCCGGCAACGCGCCGGGAUCCUUCCUCAUCCGCGAGAGCGAGACCAGCAAAGGCUCCUAUUCCUUGUCCGUGCGGGACUUGGAUCCCGAAUGCGGCGACACCGUGAAGCACUACAAGAUCCGUAACAUGGACAACGGCGGAUACUACAUCACCCCCCGGAUCGCCUUUAACACCCUGUCCGACCUGGUGCAGCAUUACUCCCGAGAGGCGGACGGCCUGUGCUCUCGACUCCUGAAACCCUGUCAGACACGGAUGCCCCAGAAGCCCUGGUGGCAGGAUGAGUGGGAAAUUCCUCGCGAGUCGCUGAAGCUGGAGCGUCGCCUUGGGGCAGGGCAAUUCGGGGAGGUGUGGAUGGGGAUGUACAGCCAGCGCAAAGUGGCCAUCAAGAGCCUGAAAACCGGAACCAUGUCGCCGGGCGCCUUCCUGGCCGAGGCGAACCUCAUGAAGAACCUGCAGCACCCCCGCCUGGUGCGCCUCUACGCCGUCGUCACCCAGGAGCCCAUCUACAUCAUCACCGAGUACAUGGAGAACGGAAGUUUGGUGGACUUCCUGAAGACGUCUGCAGGAGCCAAACUGACCAUCAACACCCUCAUCGACAUGGCUUCCCAGGUGGCCGAGGGAAUGGCCUUCAUCGAGCACAAGAACUACAUCCACCGAGACCUGCGUGCGGCAAACAUCCUGGUGUCCGAGGAGCUCAUCUGCAAGAUCGCCGAUUUCGGACUCGCCCGACUCAUCGAGGACAACGAGUACACAGCCAGAGAGGGUGCCAAGUUUCCCAUUAAAUGGACGGCCCCCGAAGCCAUAAACUACGGCACCUUCUCCAUCAAGUCCGACGUGUGGUCCUUCGGGAUCCUGCUCACGGAGAUCGUGACGUACGGCCGCAUCCCGUACCCAGGGAUGACCAAUCCGGAGGUGAUCCAGAACCUGGAGAGGGGGUACCGCAUGCCGCAGCCCGACAACUGUCCCGAGGAGCUCUACAGCAUCAUGAAGCAGUGCUGGCAGGAGGCGCCCGAGAGCAGACCCACCUUCGAGUACCUGAGGAGCGUCCUGGAGGACUUCUUCACCGCCACAGAGCAGCAGUACCAGAGCCAGCCCUGCUGAAGUCGUCCCGCACGGACGGACGGACGGACGGACGGACGGACUGACUGACGGACGGACGGACGGACGGACGGACGGACCCACGGACGCGCGGACACAUGGACGGAGACACGGCGGUGGUCACGUCCCACCCAGCGCAGCGCAGAAUGAGUUCACGGAGACGAGCUCCCCGCUGGACGUGUCCACUCCUCUGUAGGUGCGAAGGAUGCCGAGCGGAAGGGAGGGGGUCGCUGGACCGGUCAGCGGUGCACGGUCACGUACCGCGGUCCUCCCGGGGGUCCCGGCCGAGGACCCCCGACGCCGUCCUCAUCGCUCCUGCUGACAGAAGGAAAAACUCUUCUCGACGCUGCUUUUUAUGCUUUUGUGCUAAUGGGCAACUUGUACACUUUCAGUGCUUCUUCUGUGUAAUUUGGGUGAAAGAUGAUAUUUACUGUACAUCGUACCGUAGUACUGAGCGUUUCACUCCUAUUAUUCUCAAAGCUGUGUGAUCCAAUUGCUACAUAAUAAAUAUUUCU